AUGAGCAUAACGAACGACCUCACAAACCAGCCAAAGGCUAAAGCGCGAACCAUAACGCGGCAGGAGAUUCCUGAAUGGCAGUUUGACAACAAUUAUAUCUUGAGUGGCUAUCGACCAGCGAAAGCAGACUAUCUGGAGAUCUUUACCAGCCUGACCUUUUUGCACAACGAGUCUUGCAAUGUGUACAUUCAUCUGGUCGGGGCUCUGCUCCUACCACUCGUUGCAACUGCCCUCUUGCGCUACCUGGCCGAGCCCCAAUUUCUGAAUGUCUCUUCAAUGGACUACGCUAUGUUUGGAAUCUACUUCUGGUGUGCGGAGACCUGUCUGGUCCUUAGCGCAACUUACCACCUGAUGCAACCCCACUCGCAUCACGUAGAACAAUUCUGGCAUGGAAUGGAUCUGCUUGGUAUUGUUGUUGUGACAGUGGGCACGUUCUCUUCCGGUAUCUACUAUGUAUUCUUCUGUGAACCUAGCUUGCAAAACUUGCACUGGGCUCUUAUCUUAACUACGGGUACUGUCACCGGUGUUCUUAUCUUGAAUCCCUUGCUUGAAACGCCGCGCUGGCGGAAGGUGAAGGUGGGCGCCUUCGUUAUUUUUGGCGCUUCGUCGUUCAUACCCCUCCUGCAUGGAGUUCAGCGAUACGGGCUCGAAUACAUGCUUCAAUACUCGGGAAUGAAACUGUAUCUGCUCGAGCUUACUUUCUAUUUCACCGGAGUCAGCCUAUACGCGUUUCGAAUUCCGGAGCGUUUGGCACCGGGUAAAUUUGAUAUUUGGGGAAGCUCGCACCAGAUCUUUCACGUCGCGAUCUUAUGCGCAAUGUGCACACACGAGACUGCUCUUCUGCAGGGUUUUACAACCUGUCAUACAAUGGAUGUGUGUCAGCUUCAGGGUGUCCGUUGA